AUCUUUGUGCUCUUCCACACUAAACUUUAUUUCAUCUGUGUAUUAAUUUUAAAUAUCAAACAUAUGUUGUUUACUUAUAUCAGUUUAAAAUACUAUAAUUUUUAAUGUAAUACAUUAAUAAUUGAUUUAUCUACUUCCCUAGGACAGCUGUACUAGUGUUAAUUUUGUUCACCUUCCUAUAUUAGUUUUAUUGCAGUUGUGCAAAAUUUAUUUGGGAACUUAUAAAAUUGUUGGUGUUCCAGGUGUUCCACUACGUACUAUUGGUAUUAAACGAUUAUUAAAAAUGGAAAGAAGUCGUACUCCCAAGGAAAAUUAUUUACACAACUUUACAUACAACGAGCAGGAAUUUUCAUUCAAUAAAGCGAAAGAAUUGAUGUCCAAACAUUUGGAUUUCGAUGGCUCAGUCGAUUUGGAUGAGAGUAUAAAUGGUAUAUCUAAAGUGUGUUUGAAUAAUCCUUUGACUAAAAACGCAUUAAACGGAAAAAUGAUGCUUGAUUUAGAAAAAAUUGUUAAUAAAUUGGACCAACAGAUCGAAUGCAAAGGAGUGAUUUUAUACGGGGCCGAUGGUAAUUUCUGUUCCGGGGGUGAUUUAAACAUGAUGAAACAAAUGAACAAUCCGGAAAUGGGAUAUGCAAUGGCAACUUACAUGAAUAACAUUCUAGAUAAAUUCAAAAAACUACCCAUGAUUACCGUUGCAUUUAUUGAAGGCUCAGGUGCCUUAGGCGGAGGAGCAGAGCUGACCACGGCAUGCGAUUACAGGCUGAUGAGCACCAAGAUGGAGACCACGGCCAUCGGGUUUAUUCACGCAAAAAUGGGCAUAGUGCCCGCGUGGGGUUCGACGGGCCGCCUGAUGUCGAUUAUGGGCCGUCAGAAUACGCUGAACUUGUUGCUGGACAGCCGGCCACUGAGGGCAGCCGAAGCGAUGGACAUUGGCCUAGUGGACGGUACGGUGGCCACUUUGCAAGACGCCACGGACUGGCUGUCGCAGAAGACUAGACACCACGUGAACGUGAUCCGGGCCAUAAAGCGGACGUUAUCGUGUCACGACGACGGAACCGACGGGAGAGCGGCUGCGUUGAUGGAACGCAAAAUAUUCGCACCGCUUUGGGGAGGGCCCGCCAACCAAAUGGCUCUUGAUCAGUAUUUCAGUCGCAACAAAUAAAUGUUCUUUAGAAUUGGUGUUUUUUAUACAAAUUUUAAAUAAAGCUGUCGUUGGUUUAUA